AUGCAAGAUGUGUUAGAUGAAGAUUCACAGAUGAGCGACUGGCUGAUCGAGAGGGACUCAAAGCUGGGUGUGGUGCUUCAUGAUCGUCUGAUGACCGACGCCGCGCUUGGCGCAGCUCCUAUAAAGACUGAACACUCCUACAGCCUCCACUCCGAUGUUGAAUCAUCACCACCCUCGCCACACCACACCAAAGUUGACGAUAUGGAAGACGAAUGCUAUCCCGCCAUUCCAGCCAGUGCUUGGCGGAGUCGCCGGCGUUCAAGUGACUCCAGUCCCGAAGUGAAGGCGGAGCCCAAGUCUGAACCGGAGUCGCCAGCCUCAUCGUGUCCACCGUCACCUACACCCACUAUGUCCACUGUCGACUAUGUUAUAGACCACACUACCGGCACAAUCCAUAUGCCGCAAGCUGUGCUGCAGAAAGUCGGCGCCGCUGGCGUGCCGCAAAUACUAUUAAGUGCCGCGCCACGUAUCGCAAACUCACUCAACAACAACAAACUGUCAAUCAAAGUCACCUCAUCGGGUACAUCAGGUUUCAACCUCCCCCCCACUCCUCCGUCUUCUCUAUCGUCUUCUGACAGUGAGGGGGCCCUCUCUCCGUCCCACGAGCCCCCCGCGCCCACAACCCCCGCGCCCCCGCGCCGCUCACACCUGUACGUGUCACAUCACUCCAGGCAGCCCAUCAACACACCACUCAUCAGCAGCCAGCCGAAAGGAUCCACUGGCACAUUAGUUUUAACAGAGGAAGAGAAACGCACGUUACUAGCCGAAGGUUACCCGGUGCCGACUCGUCUACCGCUCACCAAGGCCGAGGAGAAGUCGCUCAAGAAAGUCAGGAGGAAAAUUAAGAAUAAGAUUUCUGCACAAGAAAGUAGACGCAAGAAGAAAGAAUACAUGGACCAAUUAGAGAGGAAAGUUGAAAUAUUAGUAUCAGAGAACACAGACUAUAGGAAGAGGGUCGAGACAUUGGAGAGCACCAACGCUAAUCUAUUGAGUCAGCUGGCAGCCCUGCAGGCGCUGGUGAGGGGCGCCAGGAAGUGA